AUGGAGUGUCCAAAUCAAACAGCACCAAAUAGAUUUAUCCUGUCUGGAUUUCCAUAUCCAGAAGAACUAGAGGUCCCCUUGCUUCUCUUCUUCUCAAUCAUGUUCAUCUUGACUCUUUCUGGAAAUGCCCUGAUCAUCGGGGUGAUGAUCUCCAACCUUCAACUGCACAAGCCCAUGUACUGGUUCCUGUGUCAUCUCUCCAUCCUGGACAUGGCCUUCUCAGCUGUGGUGGUUCCCAAAGUGAUGGCAGGAUUCACUCCGGGUGGAAAAAUCAUCUCUUAUGGAGGAUGUGUGUCUCAGCUCUUCUUCUUUCAUUUCAUUGGCUGUGCAGAGUGUUUUCUUUACACCUUGAUGGCUUACGACCGCUUCUUGGCCAUUUGUAAACCCCUCCAUUAUACCAACAUCAUGAGCUGGAAAGCCUGCCUCUUCCUCUCCUUGGGUACCAUAAUUGGUGGCUGCCUCAAUUCUGCACUUCUGACGUCCCUCACCUUUCAUUUGCCUUAUGGAGAGGACAACUAUGUUGACUAUGUCUUUUGUGACAUUCCUGCAAUGCUGAGGCUGUCUUGUGCUGACGUACAAUUUAAUGAGUUGAUGAGCAUCGUUGACGUGAGCUUUAUAACAAUGACCUGCUUUCUCCUCAUCUUAGCCUCUUAUGCUUACAUCCUCACAGCCAUUUUGAAGAUCAGUAGCAGUGAAGGACGGCAAAGGGCCUUCUCCACAUGCACUGCCCAUCUUACUGUGGUGUUUAUUUAUUACCUGCCUUUGUUUUAUCAUUAUAUGAGACUAGGUUCUCAGGACUCUAUGGAUAGUGUGGUAAGUGUAUUCUACACCACCAUCACUCCUUUGUUGAACCCCGUGAUAUACACACUUAGGAACAAAGACAUUAAAAUGGCUCUGGUGAAACUUUGGGUGGUGAAUCCAGAAUAG